AUGGCGGGUGCCGGCCGCGUCUGGCGGCUCGGAGCGCUGCUGUUGCCGCCAGCCUGGCGGCUGCGGGCCCCGGGACGAGCCUUCGGCGCCGCGGCGGGACGGGGAGGCAGCAGCGGCGGCCGCCUGGUGCUGGGCGCUGCGUUCGCUCUGGGCGGCACCGCCGGGCUGUGCCUGGCGGCGCGGCAGCGCCUGCGGGAGCACUCGGCCGCUGAGCUGCCUGCAGGGAGCCUGCAGCUCACUCUCUACCAGUAUAAAACAUGUCCUUUCUGCAGCAAAGUCCGAGCUUUUCUUGAUUAUCAUGGACUGCCCUAUGAAAUUGUGGAAGUGAACCCAAUCAUGAGAAAAGAGAUCAAAUUCUCUUCCUACAGAAAGGUGCCCAUCCUGCUAGCCAAUGCUGGGAGCCCUCUGCAAUUGAACGACUCCUCGGUGAUAAUCAGUGCAAUAAAGACCUAUCUUGUUUCCAGGAGGAAUAGCUUAGAAGAAAUCGUGUCCUUUUAUCCACCUGUUAAAACAGUGACUGAAAAAGGCAAGGAGGUGGUUGAGUAUGAGAAUAAGUACUGGCUCAUGCUGGAUGAGAAGGAGACCAAAAGAGUCUAUCCUGUCAAAGAAGUGAGAGUGGAAGAAAUGAAGUGGAGAAAGUGGGCAGAUGAUUGGCUUGUUCACCUCAUCUCCCCCAAUGUUUACCGCACCCCCAAAGAAGCCUUGGCGUCUUUUGAUUACAUCGUGCGUGAGGGGAAGUUUGGCACCUUGGAAGGUCUCUUUGCCAAAUACGUGGGGGCUGUUGCCAUGUUCUUCGUUAGCAAGAGGCUGAAGAAAAGACACCAGCUUCGAGAUGAUGUCCGAGAAGAUUUGUAUCAAGCAGUUAACGAGUGGGUGAAAGCUGUUGGCAAAAAUCGACUGUUCAUGGGUGGGAACCAGCCAAACCUUGCUGACCUGGCAGUGUACGGGGUACUCCGGGUCAUGGAAGGGCUGGAAGCCUUUGAUGACAUGAUGGCUCACACCAAUAUUCAGCCUUGGUACCAGCGCAUGGAAGAAGUCAUUGAAAAAACUGGAGUUGCAAUCUGAUGCCAGCUGCAGCUGCCUCCCUGAAGUACUUGCAUGGUGAAAACUUCAGAAGAAAUGGCUUUUAUUUUAGCGUUGACUGGUCACACCUAAUGGACUGACUUGUGGGCACAGAGACCACCCUGUUCAGAACAUCAAGUUGCUGUGAGAGAAGGGUUCAGUUGGGUGUUUGUAGAAGAAUGGGGACAGGUAAAAGAAAGAGAUUUUGGAUGCUGCUGGAAAGGAGACGCUCUGAACUGAAGAAUGCAAUGAAAAGGCUUCUUUCAGAUAAGAGACACCCUCAGAGCAGGUUACUGUAAGAGCAAGAUGCUCUUGGCUGGUGUUAGGGCUGUGUCAGAUGUGGUAGGCCUGACCAGCUUUUGCCUCAGGCUGUCUUCUGCUAUCAUCCAUGUCACCUGAAGUGUUUUCCUAACUAAGACACUGGAUACUGGUUUUUAAGUGACAAUAUUUCCUGCAAUAGCAUCUUGUAAACCUAGUGCUAAGGGAACUGGAGGAAUCUGCAGUGCUGGAGAAGGCACCCUUCCUCUGACAGCAGCAAGGCAUCUGCUUUCACUCUUCCAUGUAAACGGUUCUCUCAGGAUUUGAUUCUGUACGGUCUGCAAGGAUAAAGGCUGGCUUUAUUCUGUC